GCCCCGCGGCCGCGGUAAGAAGGGCCGGGAAAGGCCGCGGGCUCCCUCCCGGCCCGGCGGCGGGGCGCGGGGCCGCCUCUGCGCCGGCGCCGUGGGCCGCGCUACCGGCCGGGGGGGGAGGAGGAGGAGGAGGAGGAGAGCGACGGGCAUGGCGGCGCCCGCCGCGCUGCAGAGGAGCGUGGUGUCCCCUGCGGGCAGGCACACCGCCUCCCUCAUCUUCCUGCACGGCUCAGGUGACACUGGCCAAGGAGCAAGAACAUGGAUAAAACAAAUUUUGAAUCAAGACAUGGCUUUCCAACAUAUAAAAGUAAUUUACCCAACAGCUCCUGCCAGGAUCUGUGUACAGAAUGUUCGCCAGAUGUUCCCCUGGCCAGGUGAAGUGUUUGCAGCACUGUCACUUUUGGAAAGUCCUGUUUUAAGUCACGCACUUUAUUUAUUUCAUGUUCAUGGCACUGGACAGAAGAAAAUCUGUAUUCUCUCACUUUUGACAUGUGUGACCAGGCCAUAUACGCCUAUGAAAGGAGCCUUUUCCACUGUGUGGUUUGACAGGUAUAAGAUCUCUAAUGACUGUCCAGAACACAUUGAAAGUAUUGAUUCUAUGUGCCAGAGACUUACAGACUUGAUCAACGAUGAGAUUAAAAACGGCAUUGCAAAGAAUAGGAUACUAAUAGGAGGCUUUUCGAUGGGAGGUGGAAUGGCAAUGCAUUUAGCAUACAGGUUUCAUCAAGAUCUGGCAGGAGUCUUUGCUUUGUCUAGUUUUCUCAAUAAAGACUCUUCUGUUUACCAGGCUUUGAAAAGAAAUCAAAGUGUUCUUCCAGAAUUAUUUCAGUGUCAUGGAACUGCUGAUGAACUAGUUCUCUACUCAUGGGGUGAAGAGACCAACAAGAUGCUAAAGUCACUGGGAGUAUCAGCAUCACUUCAUACUUUUCCGAACCUUAAUCAUGAGUUAAGCAGAACUGAAAUAGAAAAACUAAAAACCUGGAUUGUAAAGAAAUUACCUGUUGAAGCAGCAAAGACAAAUGAAUAAAAGAAGAUGCAGCUUUCA